CGCGCGUGGCUCUCGGCGAAGGCAGCGCCGGCGCUGCGGGCUCCGGGCCCGGGCAGCGAGCGUCGUCCCUCCUCCGUUCUUCCCUCCGGCCCUAGUCGCCGCAGCCCCGCGGUGAUGAGCCCCGAGCCGGUCCCGCCGCCGCCCCCCUGUCGCGGCUGCGACUGCGGGGAGCCGCUCGCCCAGCGGGUGGAGAAGGGCGACGAGGCCUUCCGCGCGGGCGAGUACGAGACGGCGGCCGAGCUCUUCCGCUCCGCGCUGGCCGGCCUGGCGCGGCCCGACCGCGGCCUGUGCCUGCGGCUGGGGGACGCGCUGGCCCGCGCCGGCCGCCUCCCCGAGGCCCUGGGCGCGUUUCGCGGCGCCGCGCGGCUCGGGGCGCUGCGGCCCGACGAGCUGGGAGAGCUGGCGAGCGGUCUGGCGUGCGUCCCGGGCCUGCGCGAGCGGCGGCCGCCGGUGGGGAAGCCGGGCCGCGACCCCGGGGAGGCGCCGAGCGGUGGGCCGUCGGCCUCGGUGCCCGCGGCGCCUCGGGACCUGCUGGACUGCCCGCGCUGCCAGCGGCUGCUGCACAAGCCGGUGACGCUGCCGUGCGGGCUCACGGUGUGCAGGCGCUGCGCUGAGCCGGGGCCGGGCUGGCCGCCGGCGCGCCGCGUCAACGUGGUGCUGAGCGGCCUGCUGGAGAAGUGCUUCCCGGCCGAGUGCCGAGCGCGCAGGCUGGCAGGCCAGGUGCGGAUCCUGCAGCGCCAGCAGCAGCCCGAGGCCGCGCUGCUCAGGUGCCACCAGGCCCUGGACCUCGCUCCUGGUGAUAAUUCGUUAUUGCUGCUGCGAGCCGAGUUGUAUUUAUCCAUGAAGAACUAUGAACAGGCUCUGCAGGAUGCCAGUGCAGUUUGUCAGAAUGAACCUCUCCUGCCUAAGGGACAUCACGUGAAAGCUCUGGCUCUUUCCGGACUGGGAAGAAGUAAGGAAGUGUUGAAGGAGUUUCUCUACUGCCUUGCUUUAAAUCCUGAAUGUAACUCAGUGAAGAAAGAAGUGCAGAAGGUAAUGUGUGAGGUGUUUUUCCCUGCUUCAGAAAACGUGCCUCAGAAUUUAACAUCUUCCAUCCAAAGCAGAAUGUUGCACACAAGUUUAACGGCUCAGUGUCAGAACCACAUCAACAGCCAGCCUCCUGUGGAGGGAGGUGGCAGUGCAGGGAGUUCUAAGAAUCCAUCUGAGAAACAGGAUGUGUUCGGAAAUACCAAUUCUUCGGUGUUAUAUUUUAUACUGGGCCUGCACUGUGACGAGGAUAAGGAAGUGUUAGAGAGUUUUCUUCCAGCGGCGCCGAGCACUGGUUUAAAGAGACAGUUUCCGAAUGAUUUGGACAAUGUGCACGAUGUGAACGCCCCUGGAAAAAUCCCCAGGAAAGAGGCUGAUUCCUCACCCCAAAGGAACGUGAGCUCUAACGUAGGAGAAAGUGCAGAGCUCCUGAUAGACGUGGCUGAUUUUGAGUGUGCCCUUUGCAUGAGGUUGCUCUUUGAGCCUGUCACUACGCCCUGUGGACACACGUUUUGCCUAAAAUGCCUCGAGCGCUGCCUGGACCAUGCCCCACAUUGUCCUUUGUGCAAAGAAAAACUCUCAGAAUUGUUGGCAAGCAGAAAUUUUCAUAUAACUACUCUGGCUGAAGAAUUAAUAUUUCGAUAUUUGUCAGAUGAACUGUCUGACAGAAAGAGAAUUUAUGAUGAAGAAAUGACGGAGCUUUCAAACCUGACCAGGGACGUGCCCAUCUUCGUGUGUGCCAUGGCCUUCCCCACCGUGCCCUGUCCGCUCCAUGUCUUUGAGCCCCGCUAUCGGCUUAUGAUAAGAAGAUGCAUGGAAACUGGCACCAAACGGUUCGGCAUGUGUUUAUCUGCUGAGCACGCAGGGAUCUCAGAGUACGGCUGCAUGCUGGAGAUCAAGGACGUCAGGACGUUCCCCGACGGCAGCUCCGUUGUGGAUGCCAUCGGGAUUAGCCGCUUCCGGGUUUUGAGCCACCGUCACAGAGACGGCUACAACACGGCCGACAUUGAGUAUCUGGAAGAUGAAAAGGUGGAAGGUCCAGAGUAUGAAGAACUCACCGCACUGCACGAUUCAGUUUAUCAGCAGUCUGUGUCCUGGUUUGCUUCACUUCAGGAUCACAUGAAAGAACAGAUUUUAAGCCAUUUUGGGGUAAUGCCCGACAGAGAACCUGAGCCUCAGAGUAACCUUAGCGGUCCUGCCUGGUCCUGGUGGGUCCUGGCAGUGCUGCCGUUGGAGCGGAAGGCUCAGCUGGCCAUACUCAGCAUGAUCUCACUGAAGGAGCGUCUGCUCGCCAUUCGGCGAAUAUUAGCCAUCAUCACGCGUAAGAUGAAUAGUCGGCAAGAGCUGGUUAAUAGCCGGGAGAAAAAUAAUUGAUUUUCUCCCUCAGGGUUUCUGGAAGCCCUUGUAUUUUUAUGAGGAGUUCCAGGCACGGACGAGUAACAUCCAUCCAUCGUGCUUUUGUAAAAUGCUUGUUGAUAGGGUUACAGAAUGGAACACUUAGCAAACGUUGACCCCUACUCAAAAGUUGGAAGUCUGUGCCUGGUGGAAUCUGACUCUGUACGAGGUUAGCCUGAAAUUUGAAUGGAUCCCACGGUUGGAAAACAACCUAAGAAAAUCUCUCUGAACCAGAUGCUUUUGGUGUAUAGUUCACUCACAGCAAGGGACAACCCAGAUGAUUGACAAGUGGUUUAGGUUUUGCAAGAAAGAAGACUCCCUUCCCAGUAAAGUGUCUUGCUCCUCCAGAUGGGAACAGCAUGCUUUGGAGGGAAAUCACAUUUUUAUCUGGACGCAUAUUUCUCAGAGUACAGGCUAACCAAAAAUGUGCUUAGGCUUUGUGUGUCACCGUGAGGUUGUCUGUGAGGUGGAGGAAUCAAACAGUUGUCUAGUGGCAGGGCUGAAGUUAGUCCUUAGCCGAGGAGUAGGUACAGAACCGGUUAGAACUGUGUUUUGUGUCCUGCAGUAGUUCAGAUGUUGUAAAUUGCAUGUUUUAAUUAAAUGAAUAUCAAAAUACAAGAAGGGUACCUUGGAUGUAGAAAAAUCUGAAAACAGUAUAGUUGAUUUGAGGAUAUGUACUUACACACACACACACACACACACAAAACAAAGAAUGAGUAAAGGGAGCUAAAACUGUACAUGCAUCGGGAUGUUCGGAAUACAGCCAAAGUAGAGCAAAGAACCCCUUGAAGACAUAACCCUGUCUCAUGAAUUCAGUGGAUGUGAAGCAUGUAGGAAAUGUCAUCUUUCUACUCAGAUUGGCAUUAGAAACUAGGCCCAUCAGUAAAUUUGAGUUCACCAUCCAUCCACUAAUAUAUGAAGACAUUAAAAAGCUGCUGUGAAAUGGCUAUCUGUCUAUUCCAGGAAAACACAUCGGGACAGUAUACAAGGAGAGGGAGGCAGGUAUGGGAUGGAAACAUGUAGCAAGUUUUUCUCCAACCCCAACCUGAAAAUUACAUUUGUUUUCUUUUUUAAUACGUUUUACAAUGAUCAGACCAGAUGUUAUCUAUUAAAAAGCAGUGGUAUAAAUCCCAGCCUCUAGUGCAUAUCGGUGAUGUUACUUGGAAUAACCCUUUGACCCUGAGAUACCGAAUUGUUCUCGCUGGCCUCAUAGCUGGUGCAUUUAGUUGGCUUCUUGGUCUGUGAGGUGGAUGCUCUUAAUGAAGAGAUGGUGAGAACCAGACUAGAGAAUAAAUUACAGCUUUAAGUUUUGCUUUACUUAUUCAAGGUAUGUGGUGUUUUAGUUUUUUUUAACAUAUUUAAUGAUACUGAAUGUUGGUUUAUCAAUCCAUCAAGCAUUUUAAUAAAAAGACUUUAUAAUUGUAUUUGUUUUUACACUGUAGGAGUUUUCAGUAGCUAAAACUCGGUUUCAUCCUGGGAAUGAACAAACACUAUUCUUGUGUAACUUAGAGUCAUAAAGAGAAAAUUUGAAUGUAUUUUCAGUCAGAAAAUUUGAAUGUAUUUUCCAGUGCCUCUCAUAUUGUGAAUCUCAAAUCUCAUUAUGGUAUAAAGGCAAUUUGGCCAGGUGACUUCUAAAAUAUUUUAUUAAUUCAUGCAUUGACGAUAGUAUUCAUUACAUCCUAACCUGAUCAUCUAAAAGGAAGCAAAACUGCAUCUAGUGUGCCAGAGACCUUUGUUAGAAAUGGUUAGUGACAGUGGGUAUGCAUUGACCAUGCUCGGUCUUUCUCUUUUGGAAAAAUCUUUUCUACCUUAAAACCGUAUAUUUGCUGUUUCCAUGUGAGGGUGUCCAAGUAACCACAGUGUGGUCAUAAUUUCUCCGGGAGCCUUCCUGAAAUUAAGUUUCUGAGCUCAGAGUAUUAGGUCUUCCCCAUAACAAUUGGAUGCUAUUGCUUUCUAAACCUCACUCUUUAAAUAUCAUAACUUGCGUAGUUCUUGAAUCAUUAAGUUAUCUCUUCCUGAUUCUGUCUGCCCCUUUCUGAGUCAUCUCCUCAUCCUGAGUGUUCUCACAUGGAAGCCUCUUCAACAGUGAUGAUGCAGACUAAAGCAACAAAAGUGUUUAUUGUUUUUGUUUUCUGACACCAGAGGGAAUGGACUGUGAUCACUUCAUGCUCUGUCCAGCGUCACACGUCCGCAUCCUGCAAAACAGGAGAGGUUGGUACUUGCUGAGCAUUUAGAUUACAUUAUUUGUUGGUUUGUUUUUUGCGGUACGCGGACCUCUCACUGCUGUGGCCUCUCCCGUUGCGGAGCACAGGCUCCGGACGCGCAGGCUCAGCGGCCAUGGCUCACGGGCCCAGCCGCUCCGCGGCAUGUGGGAUCCUCCCGGACCGGGGCGCGAACCCGGGUCCCCUGCAUCGGCAGGCUGACUCUCAACCACUGCGCCACCAGGGAGGCCCUAGAUUACAUUAUUUAUCAAGAAGUCAAAUUAAGGAAACAAUAUCCCAAGUCAUAUUAGGAAGGAAGCUUCCUUUUAGAAAGUUUAAAAAAAAAAGGAAGAAAUCCCAACUCCGGUUUGCUGUAAAUUUAGCUAAAG